AUGGGUGUCUCUGGAGCCGGGAAAACCACCCUCUUGGAUGUCUUGGCUAACCGAGUGACCAUGGGUGUUGUGGCCGGUGAUAUGUUCUAUACUGAACAGGAAAAGCUGGAUUAUGUCGAAGAACGCAAGCGUCUUACCAUUGGUGUCGAACUUGCCGCAAAGCCUGAACUCCUCCUUUUCCUGGACGAACCCACUUCCGGGCUCGAUAGUCAGACCGCUUGGUCGAUCUCCCUCCUCAUGCAGAACUUUGACCGCCUCUUGUUCCUUGCCAAGGGUGGCAAGACUAUUUUGACCAGCUACUUUGAGAAAAAUGGAGGCCAUAAAUGCCCUCCCGGCGGCAACCCUGCUGAAUGGAUGUUGGAAGUCAUUGGUGCUGCACCUGGUGCCGUGGCCGCCAAGGACUGGGUAGAAGUAUGGAACAACAGCCCCGAGAAGGCCACUGUCCGUGCCGAACUCGAUCAGAUGGAACAUGACCUAGGUGCAUUGAGCAGAGUCGAGGGAGCUGCUAUCGAGGAAUUCGCCAUGCCCUUCUCCACCCAAUUGAGGAUGUGUCUUUUGAGAGUCUUCCAGCAGUACUGGAGAACACCUGUGUACAUUUACUCCAAGUCCUUCCUUUGCAUCUCCACUGCAGCCUUCAUCGGUCUCUCCUUCCUCAACGCGGACAACUCGAUACAAGGUCUCCAAAACCAAAUGUUCUCAAUCUUUAUGUUAAUGACGCUCUUCGGUACGCUCGUGCAGCAGAUAAUGCCGAACUUCGUCACCCAGCGCUCUCUCUAUGAAGCCCGUGAGCGCCCAUCGAAAGCCUACUCCUGGAAAGCCUUCCUAAUCUCGAACAUUAUCGUCGAGCUCCCUUGGCAAACCCUCAUGGCGGUCAUCACCUUUGUGCUGUGGUACUACCCGAUAGGAAUGCACAACAACGCCAAGCUCGCCGGCCAACUCCAUGAGCGCGGCUUCCUAAUGUUCCUGCUAAUCUGGUCCUUUUACAUGUUCGCUUCAACCUUCGCGCACAUGAUGAUCGCGGGCAUCGAAACGGCGGAAGUAGGCAGUAACCUCUCCAACUUGCUCUUCUUACUCUGCCUCGUCUUCUGCGGCGUACUUGCUUCGAAAGACGUUCUCCCCGGUUUCUGGGUAUUCAUGUAUCGCGUAUCGCCAUUCACGUACCUCAUCUCGGCGAUGUUGUCAGUUGGCGUGGCUAACGCUCCGAUCACCUGCUCGCCCAUUGAAAUUGUGAAGGUUGUCCCUCCCAACGGGUCCACCUGCGGGGAGUACCUAUCCCAGUUCAUUACCUCCGCUGGAGGCUUCUUGUACAAUCCGAAUUCCACGGGUGAGUGCCGCUACUGCCCGGUCACGAGCGCGGAUUCGUUCCUGAAGCAGGUUGAUAUUGAUUAUGCUGAUCGCUGGAGGAAUCUCGGCCUCAUGUUCGUCUAUGUUGCGUUUAAUCUUGUGGGGGCGGUGUUCAUUUAUUGGCUCGCCAGAGUGCCCAAGAAGGGGAAGAAACUGUAG